UAAAAUUAUUCUGCUAUAUCAAUAGAGAAUAAAGAAGAGGGAACGAUAAAGAGUUUCUACACGUGUAAGUGCCACUUAUACAUAUACAUAUAUAUAUUUAUAUAUAUAUAUAUAUAUAUAUAGAUAUAUAGAUAUAUAUAUGUAUAUAAUUAUAUAUACGGCAUAUAUAUAAAAGAGACCGCAUUCGGCCACUGUAUACAGUAUAUACGUGUGCAUAGCUUGAAUAAGAAGAUUAAGUAUUUUGCAGGAAAGACAAAGAGAAGCUAGAAUGAAGCCAAAUUUAAUAGACGAAGAGAAUGAAAAGGAAAAGAAAGCAGAAUUUAUUCAACUCUCAGGCCACAAGGGAACAUGUAAGACUGCGUCACCAAAGACCAUUUAUAAAAAAUUAAGAGAUGGUAACAAUGAAACGUCCGCUUACUUGAAAGCAAUGGAAGACGAUUUGGCUAAGCGUUGCAUACCAAAAUUUUACGGAGAUCUUAAAGAUGGUAAUCAAGCCUAUAUAGAGUUGGAGAAUCUAAUGCAAUAUUUUAAAAGUCCAAACGUUAUGGAUAUAAAGUUGGGUUGUAGAACAUUCGAAGAGAGUGAAGUUCAAAGUACAACGUUAAGAGAGGAUUUAUUUCAAAAGUUGGUAAAACUUGAUCCAAAUUGUUGUAGCGAAGAAGAGAUUAGAGAUAAAGUUGUUACAAAACUAAGGUAUAUGCAAGUAAGAGAGAAGAUAUCGACCACAUCAAAACUCGCCUUUAGAAUUGAGGCUGUUCAUAGUUCUUCAUCAAGAUAUUCGCAGGAUAUAAAAAAGAUUAGCAAUUCUAUUCAGGUUUUAGAUUGUUUUAAAUUCUUUUUGAAUAAGGCUCAUAACAAAAAACUGUUGGAAAAUUUAAUUGAAAAACUUAAAGAAUUAAGGCGAAAUGUUGAGGAAAGUGAUUUCUUUCAAAAGCAUCAAAUUAUCGGCAGUUCCCUUUUACUGAUACACGAUGGUUCAAACUGCGGAGCAUGGAUUAUUGACCUCGCUCACGCAACACCACCCCCUGAGGGAAUAGAAAAAUUGAAUCAUAGAACCAGUUGGAAAAUGGGAAACGGCGAAGAUGGUAUACUAACUGGUCUCGACAAUAUAAUUCGACUAUUUCGUUCCUUUCUUUAAUAUCUCGAAAAUCUUGAAAUUGAAGAGCUAUUACUACAAUUACAAGACAUAAAAAAUAUAAAUAUAUAUGCGUGUGAAGACGAGAGAGAGAGGGAGAUGGAACGACGUUUUUCCUUUCCUUUUCGUCUAUGAACAAGAUCAAAAAAAAGCAAAAAUUAAACAAAAAAUAUGAUUCAAUAAUUGUUAAAGAUUGGAUAAAAAUUAUAACUGAUUUAAAGUCCUUCUCAUGUCUUCUCUUCUCUCUUCUCUUUGGAAAAUACAACAAGCAAACCAAACAUACCAAAAAUAUUGAAAUAGCUCAGGUGCUAAACUUACUUAAUAAGAAAUUAAAGUUGUAGAUAAGUUGCAAACAUAACAAAAUGACCUCUAUAUACACAAAUCAUAUUACAUAUCUAACAUAAUUUCAUCUCAAAUAUAGCAUAUUCUUACAAUAUUAACUAGAGAGGUAGAUGAUAAAUUAUUCAUUCAACGCAUAUUUCAAAUCCAACUCAUUAUAUUCAUUUGAGAAAAAUCUGGAUAAAAUGAAGGAAAAAGAUGAAAAGUAACUUAACCGUUUAAUUUUUAAUAAUUAAUAAUUAAUAAUUUCUUCGUUUAUUUGUUUUUUUUUCU